UAAUAUUAUCAUAUUAGAAUUUUAGUAUGAUAUAAUUCAAAUCAAACCGCUGAAAAUCACUGUCGUUCAUUUCAUAUUUUGUAGGUAUAAUAUUUGGAGGGUAACUGUCAUUAUCGUUGUUUAAGUCGUGUCUAUCUGCAGCCGUGGGCAAGUAAAAAUUAUUAUUAUUAUUAUUACGUGUUUGGUGCUUCGCGUCGUCAAAAUGGAUAAGCUUACGGGCACAAUGUUUGAAAAGGCGCACUUCCAGAAAGCAUUCGGCACAUUAAAACCGGCUUGUGACGCUUUCAUAACAGAACCCAAUGAUGUGAACUCUAAACUCUUAAAGAAUGCCAUGGCAAUGGUUCCAGAAUAUGCUCUAACACAAUUACAACCAUACGUUCUAAUCCCGCUAGAAAUUCAUUUAAAAACCAACAAAUUGAAUUGUACUGUAAAUGUGUUGGAUGUACUGACGACUUUGUUGAAAAAAACAUCUAUUAGUUUAUGGCCUACAUUUAUGCGAAUAUAUAAAAUGUUGGUAGAAAAAUUGACUCAUGAAAAAAAUCCAGAUAUAGCGGUGAAUUUGAGUGAAGAUAUCAAAUUAUCAAUCAUUAUCGCUCUUAAUUUAUUGAUUGAAAAAGCUGAUAUUGUUGUAUUGAAUGAAAUGUAUAAUGAAGUUGAUUGUAAACAUGUUGGAUAUUUGAUAUAUAUUUGCACAAUAAUUAUAAAAAAAGAAAAAAUGAAUAUCCUGAGAGUGGAAGCCUUAAAAUGCAUUUCAAUGCUAUCAUCAAAUUGGAAUAAAAACAUUGAAUCUAAUAUUCGUCUUAAAAUUAUUCAAAGGUUAAUUAAAUUUGUACCAGGUGUUUUAUCCGUUUGUAGUAUUAUAGUUAACGCUACAGAUAUCCAGCAUCAUUCAAUAACAGUGGCUGCUAUAAAUUUGUGGAGCACAAUUACUUCUCUCAUAAUUUGUGAUGAAUAUGUGAUUGAAGAUUGCAAUCCAUACUUAGAAAAAUCAAUUUGUAAUGAUAAUGAAAACGAUGACAAACAAAAAUUAAAUGAUUGGAUUCAAGAAAAUCGUACAAAUUUUAAUUUAGUGGCCACACAUAUGAAUAAAACAAGAGAGCAUCAACACUGGAGAGUUAGACUUCAAUUAGUUAGUUCUUGUGAUGUAUUGUUGAGUAAAUGUACAAGUUCUAUGAAAUCUUCAGUCACAAGUUUAAUUGAGACAUUAAUUGUUUUGUCUGAUGAUGAACAGCCAGAAGUUGAAAAACUAGCUAAUGAGUCUGUUGAUAAAUUACACAAAAUAUUUGAUGGACAAAAUAAGAAAUCUCUUUUAGAAUUAUUAGAGGAAAGUUUCUACAUUUUAUUAUCUAGAAUUCCGCGGUUUAUUAGAACAUCAAAUUAUAUUGAACAAAAAACUGAAUUAUCUUUAUUGUCUGGGUAUAUAAAACUUUUUGGGAAAGCUCAUUUAUCACAAGUACUUAAUUCAUAUGCUCAUCUAGAUCGUUUAAUAACAGCUCUAAUUCAAAUAUUAGAACUAGAAUAUAAAACAAUCACAUUAUUGGAAGAGUCAUCAAUUAGAGAUUUAAAUAGUAUACAAACAUUUACUGCUGAUGUGUCCAAAAAUGUACCUUGGAAACAACUAAUACAUUUUAACGAUACUUCAGCAUUACAUAAGAUAGAAUGCAUUUGUAAAUUAAUUGGGUUAUAUGGAGAUAGUAAUUUUAUUGGUCGAUAUUUAAUGGAUUUAUUUGAAUCGAGAGCAAUGUAUCGAAGAGAGAUAACACUUUUAAUAAAUAUGGUUUUGUCAGAAAACAGUGGAGAGUAUCAUUACAAUUUAGUGAGGGAUGUAAUAGAUCUGUACUUAGAAUCUGAUAUUUGGUAUUUACCUACUAGUAUUGAAAAUAAUUCCACAACAAAUAUAGCUGAUGCACAAAAAAAUGUAAUACAAAUUUGUCUCAUGACUGAAGGAUUAUCCAAAUUAGUUUCAUCUCUACCUGUGACUCAACAAAAUUUGUGCCUAAUUCACUGUUUAUAUCCAAUACUAGAACGUGUUGGUUCUGAACAUGGCCCUAUUUCAUUAGCUGGUCAAUCAGCAAUAACAUUACUUGCUCACUCUGGUGGAUAUAGAGAUCCAAUUGAUCUAGUUAUAAAAAAUUCUGAUUAUUUAUCUCAUCAUUUUACUAACAAAUUAUGGUCAAUCAGUAAACAUCCAGAAGUACUAAAUGCCUUAAAAGUGGUGAUGAAUUUAAACAGUGGCGAUGAUUUACUUCAAUCUUUUCAUACAAUGGUUACUGAAGUUCUUGUUCAGAGUUGUGAUGUUCAUCGUACAGAAAAUAUGCAUUCUUUCAUGAAAGUAUUUCAUAUAUUUAUAAUGUGUGUAAGAAAACGGGAACAAAAAUGUUCACCAGUAUCUGAUCAUACAGAAAAAUCAAAAUCUUCUAGUAAUUGUGUAAUUGAAAAUAUUUUGCAAUAUCACAAAAUGAAGACCAUUGACUUAGAAAAUGAUUUUGAAGAUGAAUGUUGGGAAAACAAAUUUAGUUACACACCGUGUGAAAAUAAUGAAAACGUUACUGAAGAUGAUGAAGAUGACGAAGACAACAAAAAACCAUUACCACCAUACAUAGAAAUGGUCCUCUCUAUAAUGAAACGUGUAUUACAUUAUUUACCAUCAAAACAUAAUUCUCUUCCUUUACAAAUCCUUAAUGAAGGUUUAAAUGUAAUAUCAAGCUACGAGGACCAGUUAUUGCCGAUGGUACAUAAAAUAUGGUCACCACUGUGUACUAAAUUUAAUAGCAAUACUGAUGAUAUAGUAUUUCGUGAAGCAUUCAAUGUAUUAACCACAAUGGCGUCCACAGCCAAAGAUUUUAUUCGUUCUCGUUCACUUAAACAAGUUUUACCAACCAUAACAGAACGCUUAGCAUCUAGUGCAAAGCAAAGUAGAAAAGUUGCAAAAGGAAGUGUUUACUUUACAAGUCAUAAAUAUAAAAUGCAAUAUACCAUAUUGAGUGGUUUAGCAGAUUUUGUCUUAAAUUUGAAUUUUUUUGAGAAAGACAUGCAUGAUGUGUCCAAUUCUGUUGCAUAUUAUUUAGAUAAAGACCAGCCAAUCGAAUUACAGAAUAAGUCUAAAGAAUUCUAUAAAAAACUGUAUGAAAAACAUUCUGAUUUUGUAUGGAUAUAUUUACAAUCAUUGUAUGUUGACGAAUAUGAAUAUAAAUCUGACAAUGAACGACUUCCCACAAUUAAGGUUUAUAGUUCAUCGUUAUUUAACAAAUGUAACAUUUCAAAAAAUGUAUCAGAACUACUUGAACCUUUAAAAAUAUAACUACGUUUUAUUUAAUA